AUGGAGAUCCAGGAGCGCGCCGUCAUGUUCACGAAGAAACUGGGUUUGACGGAGCCGCUGCGGUCUGCGGUCUUCGUGCCUGGUGGCACGCAGAUGCCAGAAACUGUUCCCGACGACCUAGACAAGGCCAAGGAGGUUGCUCGAAGACGUGUCAUCUCAUUGAUGCCAGCAUCUUCCCGCUCGAGCCGCCGGGUAACUGCCAGACAACUGGGUACGCGGUGGCAGGGAAGGCCGCUGACUUAA